AUUAGGGGUUUUAGAUAAUUUGUUCAUUGCUUGAAGCCAAUAUGAAUAGAGUAACCCCUGAUUUUUUUUAUUUUUUAUUUAUAUACCGAAUCUAAUUAUCUAUUUGAGACUAAUCGGUUCCUUCCUUGGGUAUUUAAUUCUUUGAACUGACUACUUGACUAAUUCCAAGUCGGGGUUUAGUCACACUUGUGUGUUGUCAACUUAACUACACCGAUUAAUAAGGGAUGCAGUUAACCUAAUCUCAAUUCUAACAAAAAUAAUAAUAAUGAUUUGCAAACAUAUUUUUUUUUCCAAUUUUUUAAUUUAAAUAAAAUUAAUGAAAGUUCUAUCAAUAUUUUAUUUUAAAUAAAUUUUCGGGGGCUACAAUACUAUUAUUUGUUGUCACAAUUGUGAAAUGAGAGUAUUGAAUAAGUGUUCCAAAAAAAUGAAAAACUAUUGAACGCUGCCUAGAUAGUGGCACUUGGCAUGUGAAUGGAUCGGAAGGUUAAAACAGAAACUAGGCGUUUUAAGGUGUUAAAAUGUCCAUUUGGAAGCAUCCGAGACAUUAUUGGCUGUUUUUCAUGAAUCCUCUGAACUUCCUCAAACAGAAAAAGAGAAUUGUUCUUUCUGGUUAAUUUAACGGAAUUUGAAGAAUUGUGAUCAUCAAUUUCCUAUCUGAACAAGUUGACCUUCUAGAAACAACCUUCUCAGGUAGCUAAAAAUCUAUUUUGUUCUUGUUUUGUACCAAUUGGUUGUUACAGUAUUUCUUUGUGUGUAUUUUAAAACUGAAAUGAUACUGUCCCCACAGUUUAUACUGGCCAAGAAACAUUACCAGGUAUAGUACGUCUUAAGAACAAUUACCUUUGUGUUUUCUCAUUCAGUCGAAAUUAAUGUAUUGGUUAGCCUCUCUUCAGACUUUAGAUUGAUUUAUAUAGUAUAGCCUAUAGUUUAUAGGCAGAGGAACAACAUUCCAGCCCUUAAUUUUCUUUAGAUUAGUCUGUCAAUACAUUAGCUUCUAUGAUGAACUAAAGGCGAAUUUGAUCUACUAAUUAUAGCACAAGAGAAUUGAGCAUUUCAUAGUAUUUCCUUAUGUUCUAUGGAGUAACUUUCGCUAACAAUUAGAAAAAUCACAGAACUAUCUCAAAUAGCAAAUUAUUAGGUCAUUGGAGAGGAAGGAAACCGGUUUAGGCAAUCAAUUUACUAUUGACCAUUUAAAAUUUGAAUAAACACUUAACCAAGAAUAUAGAAAGAUAACUUCUAGCAGGAAAUUUUUUUAUCCAUAAUGUUGUUAUUGUAAGUGACUCUACUACUAGUAGUUUCAUAAAUCAGGAACAUGGUAGGAGCAAAUUAAGUCCCUUGGAACUUCAAACUUUCAGGUGGCCUGCUAAUAUAUGAAGCUUUUUUUAGUAAGUUGAUGGGUAGUGAUGAGGCACAAGAGUCAUUGCUUUCAGAGCCAAGAGAUCAUUCUCAUCUCAACGAUAAGAGUGACCUCCAGAGAAGAAGACCCCGGCGUGGCAGUGCUUCAGGGACAGAGAUCAAUAUCCAAGAACAAAAUGUUGUCCAAAACCCUUUACACCUUCAAUAUAUAGCUACAAAACCACAAGCAGAAUUCCAUUUCAAGCCUGUGUUAUUGUGGUUAGCUGCCUACCUAGGUGGAGGUACCCUAUGUUUCUUUCUCACAAGUUAUCAAAUCGAGGGUAUAAAAACCAAUGGGUUUCUUGAUGCCAUUUACUUCUGUGUUGUGACUAUGACUACUGUUGGAUAUGGAGAUCUUGUACCCAAUAGUUCAGUGGCAAAACUUUUUGCCUGCAUUUAUGUAUUCACUGGCAUGGCUCUUGGUGGGUUAAUUCUUAGCAAGGCAGCAGAUUACAUUGUUGAAAAGCAGGAAAUCUUGCUUGUUAGAGCUAUUUACAAAGGUGGAAAAGUUGGUUUAGAAGAGCUUUCCAAAGAGAUUGAAUCUAACAAAGCCAAAUACAAAUUCAUGCUGGCAGCAUCCACCUUUUUAUUGCUUAUGGUAGUAGGAACUAUUUUUCUGUAUUUUAUUGAAAAUCUAGAUUUUGUGGAUGCCCUCUAUUGUGUUUGUUCCACAGUCACUACUUUGGGUUAUGGGGAUAAGAGCUUCUCCACUACUGUUGGUCGUACUUUUGCUGUGUUCUGGAUACUGAGCAGCACCAUUUGCUUAGCUCAGUCUUUUGCCUAUCUUGCUGAACUAUAUACUGAAGAGAGACAAAAAUCACUGGCAAAAAUGGUUCUUGCACGAAAAUUGUCACUCCUUGAUCUUGAGGCAGCAGAUCUUGAUGGAGACAAAGCUGUUAGUGCUGCAGAGUUCGUUGUAUACAAGUUGAAGGAAAUGGGAAAGAUCAGCCAAGAAGAUAUUUCAGUUGUGAUGGAGAUUUUUAGAAAACUAGAUUGUGAUAAAUCAGGAGCUCUGACAGAAGCUGAUCUUAGAUAUUUUGAAUCAUCUUAACCCUAUACUUGUCUACUAAGUCAUGAAUUUUAGUUUACAUUUUAUACAGUAGAACAUCUAAUUCAUAUCCUUCUCAUUUCAUGAGAAACUAUAGUGGCGCACAUUUCCCCCCGCAAGGGUAGCCAAAAUUGGUACUAAGAUCCGAUGAAGUUGAGACGGUGCUUAGCGAAAGAGCAUAACGUUUCAAACUUUUAAUACAUUCUUUUA